CGCGUUUCCUGUCCAAAAUCACAAGAAAACAGUCUUCAACAGUAAACGCCUUCUCCUCCUCUCAUGGACUUGAACAAUCUUAACAAUUACUCUCCCUCCUCCUCCUCCUCCACCCCCCACCCAUCUAUAGCCACCACUGCCGCCGACCCUAUGCAGUCAUGGUGGGAAUCCAUCUCCAAAGCUCGCGCUCGCAUCCUUUCCCUUUCCUCUCUCCUCCAUUCCGAUCCCGUCUCUUCCUUCUCUCUAUCUUCUCUUGCUGAUUCCGACCGCCCUGCACUUUCCUUCCUCUCCUCCUUCGACGCUUAUACUCUUCUCUCGUCUGCUCUUUCUUCUUCUACCUCUGGUUCUGGCCCUGAUCCUCUCUGUCAAUGGCUUUACGAUACCUAUCUUUCUUCUGAUCCUCAUCUUCGUCUCAUUGUCCUCUCUUUCCUUCCUCUUCUUUUGGGGUUGUAUCUCUCUCGGAUCCACUCUUCGGACUCUGCUUCCACUCCUUCUCUGGCUGGUUUCGAGGCUGUUCUCCUUGCCAUCUAUUCGUCGGAGGUGAAAUCUCGUGCUGGUAAGCCGGUUCUCGUCCAGAUUCCUGAUCUUUCACAGCCGUCGCUUUACCAUACUCCUCGGAACAAGCAAAAUCCACAUGGGUUUGAUAAUUCUCGACCAUCCGUUGGGGUUUUGUCGCCGCCACUUGAACCCCAGAUCGCGGUGAAGUCUACAAAGCGGCCGGUUAUUGUUGGGGUUGCACUUGAUUGUUAUUUCAAGCAGAUCUCGCAAAUGCCGAGUUGGUCUAAGGUUGAAUUGUGUAAAUAUGCAAGUGCUUGGGCUGGGCAGGAUUGUGCUUGUAAAGACAAAUUAGAUGGUGGGAGAGAAGUUGAAAUCCAAAAUGGACAUGGAAAUGAAAAUAAUGGUGGGUAUUUUUUGGAGGGUAGGAGCUUAAGUAAUGGCCAUGACAAUAAUGAGCGUGAGAUUGAUGUUGUGGAGGAAAUGGAGAAAUUGGAGAUAGAAGGAAAUGGCACAGAGCAUUCGGAGUUAAAGGGUGUGCGGAUUCCAUUGCCUUGGGAGAUUUUGCAGCCAUUAUUGAGGCUUUUGGGACAUUGUUUGUUGGGGCCUUUGAAUUCCCAAGAUGUUAAGGAUGCAGCAUCUGUGGCAGUUAGGCGGUUGUAUGCAAGAGGGUCUCAUGACUUGGCUCCACAAGCCAUAUUGGCCACACGGAGUCUCAUCCAGCUUGAUAAGAGAGCACGGGAAGCUGCAAAGGUGUCAGCGACAGCAGCUGUUAAUUCCUCUUCCAAUGCUAACACGCCCAGUAAAGCUAAGAAACCAGAAAUUUUUUUGGUGUCAAAGUGAGGGAUUUGCUUGGAAGGAUCGCUUUAUGAGAGUUAAGUUCUAUGAAUGAUACCACUGAAAUAUUUUCUUGGAAGAGUACAUGUCUGACUUUAUCUUUCCUUAAAAGGUCCUAAGGAUGGUGGUGUUCUACGUUUUCCCCUGAAAUUUCCACUCAAGAUUCUAACUUAUGUACCUGUGCUCAGCUGCAUCAGCCUUAUACUGUUACACCAAAAAUGUCUCUGAUAUGUUAUGUUUAAGCUUUAGAGGCCUUUUUAAUUUAUUGACUUUACAAAUAAAUUACUUAUGCAGUAGAAUUUAAAAUUGCCUUUUGACUUUUGUAUUGCUGAAAUACCUGGGCUGUGGUAAACUGUAAAGAAGAGGAAAGAAAUUUUCUUCUCCAAUAUGUUUUUGAGCAUCUAAUAUUUUCAGUUUCCUUUAAUAAAUGAUCUUUCAGCAUCUAAUUAGGUCAAUUUUUUUGUCAGUUGUUUUGUCCUAGUUAACAGUAAUACCCUUUUCUAAAUAGUAUAUGGAAACUUACUGUUGUUCAAUUCUGUCCCAAUGAAAUUAGAAUAACAUUGUAAUUAUGAAAAAAGAAAGGUUUAAUAAUGGGAAGAAUUAUAGAUAUGGUAACCAUAGAUAAUUGACUCAUUGGUACUUGAGCAUUAAUGCAAUUCAAGGUUGUUUUGAUUAUUUCCAGAAUGCCAGUUUUAACUACCAUCAUUCACGCUUCUUGCUAGCAAGAGCUAAUAACGAAGGCAAGAAUAGCAGCCAGCCAUCUCUUUAUAACUUCUUAGCACCCUAAAGUUAUUAUCGUAUGGAUUUUUCACCUUCUCUAUGCUUACUCUCGUGAGUGCCUAGAAUGGCUAAAAUAGUAGCCUUAGAUUAAAAGUGCACUUCUUGAUUUUAAAUCUCUCUCUCUCUCUCUCUCUCUCUCUCUCUCUCUUCUGCGUAUUAUUUGUACAUAACAAACAGCUGACCUGUAAAUCAAUUAUGAAAGUGCUGUUUUUAAUCUAAUUUAUUCAUGUAAAUCUAUUCAGAAAAUGCCUUUUUUAGGCUUGUCUGUACUUUAAAUAGGGGUAGUUGUUAAACAAAUCAGCUCUGUGAAUAGCUGAAAAUAAUUAGAUGCCUUAAUUAUAGGCAUUAGUGUUUGUAUUGAUCAAUUCUGUUCUUACCCUCAUUGCAACUAUUUCUAAAAAUAGUCUGGAUAGUAAAAUAUUGUUCUUUUUCACUGGUCGAUGUUGUAUGUAAAAAUUAGUUUAUGCAUUAUAAAUUUCAAUAACUAUAUGUUGUCUUGCUGAAUUCUAUUUACAAAAUUUUUUACUCUUGGUAUGAUUGACAUAGGAAGAAAGGAAAAUUUCAACCUGAAUUUUAUAAUCCAAACUGUUAUAGGAGACAACUUGUGGACAUCCCACUACU